UGUGACCGGCUCGGCUGUAGGAAGACCUGUCGCCAUGUUGUCGGUCGCCGCCCGCUCGGGCCCUUUCGCGCCCGUCCUGUCGGCCACGUCCCGCGGGGUGGUGGGCGCGCUGCGGCCCCUGGUUCAGGCCUCGGUGCCCGCCACGGCAGAGCCGCCUAAGCUGGAUUUGAAGCGGCCUUUCCUGUGCCGGGAAUCGCUGAGUGGGCAGGCCGCGGGCCGGCCUCUGGUCGCCUCUGUGGGCCUCAAUGUUCCUGCUUCUGCACGCUAUUCCCAUACAGACGUCAAAGUGCCUGACUUCUCUGACUAUCGUCGUGCUGAAGUGUUAGGUAGUACAAAGUCCUCAAAAGAGAGCAGCGAGGCCAGAAAAGGGUUCUCCUAUUUGAUCACUGCAGCUACCACCGUGGCUGCCACAUAUGCGGCCAAGAAUGUUGUCUCCCAGUUUGUUUCCAGCAUGAGUGCUUCAGCUGAUGUGUUGGCCAUGUCGAAAAUUGAAAUCAAGUUAUCUGAUAUUCCAGAAGGCAAGAACAUGGCCUUCAAAUGGAGAGGCAAACCUUUGUUUGUGCGUCAUAGAACCAAGAAGGAAAUUGAACAGGAAGCUGCAGUCGAAAUGUCCCAGUUGAGGGAUCCGCAGCAUGAUUUAGAACGAGUAAAGAAGCCAGAGUGGGUUAUCCUGAUAGGUGUUUGCACUCAUCUUGGUUGUGUCCCCAUCGCAAACGCAGGAGAUUUUGGUGGUUAUUACUGCCCUUGCCAUGGGUCACACUACGAUGCAUCGGGCAGAAUCAGGAGAGGGCCUGCACCACUCAACCUGGAAGUUCCUUCAUAUGAGUUCAUGAGUGAAGAUUUGGUGGUGGUUGGUUAGAGACUUGGAUUCAUGUCAUAAGCAUCUUGAAGUCUUCAUGUCACUGUAGAAGAGUUAUUUGAGAGCAAGCUGUCUGUCCUUCAAGUUGGUUAAUUAAAAUGCUUAAGAAUUGCUAAUAAUGUAUUUGCAAACAUUGAGAAGUAAAUAGAAUAUAAUGUUGAAUACUUUAAAGCAUUCACCUAAUAAAACCAUUUUUGAACAUUGUUAAGUGCAGCCAUGGACUUGAAAGGUAUCUUGCCUUUGAUAGUUAAUUAAAAAUUACACACUUGGUGUACAAGGCAUUUGUGCUAAAUCUA